AUGUCUGAACGUUACAUUCCAGAGCAUCGUCGUACGCAGUUCAAGGCGAAGGGUACCUUCAAGCCUGAGGAGCUCCGUCGUCGUCGUGAAGAACAGCAAGUUGAGAUUCGCAAAGCUAAGCGUGAGGAGAACCUUGCAAAGCGCAGAGGCCUUGCCAGCGCCGAUGGAUCCAGGCCGGGCGCAUCGUUAGGGGCUGCUCCUGAUAGUGACGAUGAUACUGCUCCCACGGAGUCUCAGCUAAAUGAGGACCUCCCACAAAUGGUACAGGGUGUCCUGUCAGACCAAAUCGAUAAGCAAAUUCAGGCCACGACUAAGUUUAGAAAGCUCCUUUCAAAGGAGAGGAACCCACCUAUCGAGGAAGUUAUCAAGACUGGUGUUGUUAGCCGUUUUGUCGAGUUCCUUCGUUCGCCUCACACCUUGGUCCAGUUCGAAGCUGCCUGGGCUUUGACCAACAUUGCUUCUGGAUCAGCACAACAGACACAAGUCGUCAUUGAGGCUGGUGCCGUCCCAAUAUUCGUUGAGUUACUUGCCAGCCAUGAGCCAGAUGUGCGUGAGCAGGCCGUUUGGGCGUUGGGAAAUAUUGCUGGUGACAGCCCUUCGUGCCGUGAUUACGUUUUGAGCUGUGACGCUCUCAAGCCUCUUUUGUCUCUUCUUGGCGACAGCCGCAAGCUUAGCAUGCUUCGCAACGCAACCUGGACUUUGAGCAACUUCUGCCGUGGCAAGACUCCUCAGCCAGAUUGGAACACUAUUUUGCCCGCCCUGCCCGUCUUGGCGAAGCUUGUUUACUCCCUCGAUGACGAGGUCUUAAUCGAUGCUUGCUGGGCAGUCUCAUACCUGUCUGAUGGGGCCAACGACAAGAUUCAAGCAGUUAUCGAGGCCGGUAUCCCACGCCGCCUUGUAGAGCUCCUGAUGCACGCAUCCACUUCCGUCCAGACACCUGCUCUGCGUUCCGUGGGUAACAUUGUUACUGGCGAUGACGUCCAGACCCAGGUCAUUGUCAACUGCGGUGCUCUUCCAGCCUUACUGUCGCUGUUGAGCUCCAGCAAGGAUGGCAUUCGCAAGGAGGCUUGCUGGACCAUCUCCAACGUUACUGCUGGCAACUCCACCCAGAUCCAGGCUGUUAUCGAUGCCAACAUUAUCCCACCUCUCAUCCACCUCCUGUCGAAUGGAGAUCUUAAGACUCGCAAGGAGGCAUGCUGGGCCAUCUCCAACGCCACCUCCGGUGGUCUCCAGAAGCCUGAGCAGAUCCGUUACCUUGUCGCCCAGGGCUGCAUUAAGCCACUGUGUGACCUUCUGGCCUGCCCUGACAACAAGAUCAUCCAGGUUGCCCUUGAUGGCCUAGAGAACAUCCUCAAGGUUGGAGAGAUGGACAAGGAGUCCUCUGGUGAGGGCCCAGAGAGCAUCAACAGAUAUGCUCUCUUCAUUGAGGAGUGCAACGGCAUGGAGAAGAUCCACGACUGCCAGACCAACGCCAACGAGGAGAUCUAUAUGAAGGCAUACAACAUGAUCGAGAAGUACUUCUCCGAUGAGGAUGACAACGCCGUCGAUAACGAGGCUGCCGAACAGGCACAGGGUGCCAACGGCACCUUCGGCUUCGGUACCCAGGGCCAAUCUGGUGGCUUCAACUUCGCCAACGGUGGAGACUCCAUGGAUAUGUAA